AUGGGAGAAAAAUACAAGCUUAUGUGGGCAGCAAGGUACCUUGAAAGCACCAACCAAGAUGCUAAAGCUCUGUUCCAAAAGAUUAUAUCGAAUAUCACACAAUUGGUAGAACUGUUUGCUGAAGAUGCCAUUAGACACUUCCCUGAUCACUACGAGCUCUCGUGGAUGCUACUUGUGGAUGGAUGUUCUCUCCUACAAAUUUUGGACAAGGGAGGAGACCUUGUUUAUUCUCAAGAAAUGAAUGUUAAGGUUGACCAACUGGUUCUUCUGUGGCAGGAUGUGCUCUUGUUAGAGAAUCAGCUUCCCUAUUUUCUGCUUAGACUCCUGACACACGACGAGAAUGGUGAUCUAUUGAAGAGAAUAAUGACGGUGAAGCCACCGGCUAGCUUUUAA